GAAUGCGAGCGUGACCUUUGACCUGACGUCUCGCGUUGUUUACGACCCGACGGACUAGAGCACUGUUGCUGUCCGACAGACCCCUUUUCUUUAGCUCGUGCUUUCAAACAUACAUUCAGCAUCAAGCCGGUCUCACGUGCAUACGUGGGAAAAAUAAAGUAGGAUAAAAUGGUCCCGCACAAUUAAGGAGACAGUGAUGCCAUAGGGAAAGGAGGCACUGCCAAGUCUCCUCCAUCUGGAGGGGGGAGGCGGAGAGGCGUCAUCUGAAAAUGGCAACUGAACUCCAGGAAGCUAUUUUCGUGGCCAAGAAGGAGCGCCACAAAAACCUGUUCCUGAACUACAGGAACCUGAACAAUUUCCCGGUAGAGCUGCUGAAGGAUGAAGGCCUGCGGUUCCUGGAGAGACUGUACAUGAAGAGGAACUCGCUCACGACGCUGCCUGACAAUAUUGCUCAGAAGCUCCCAAAUCUGAUUGAACUGUAUUUGCACUCAAACAACAUAGUCAUUAUUCCUGAAGCUAUUGGAAACCUGGCCAGACUGCAGUCACUGGACCUGAGCAAUAACGUCCUCCAGUUCCUCUGUCCAGAGAUUGGCCGACUGAGAUCUCUACGGCACCUUAGACUGUCCAAUAAUCAUCUGAAAUGCCUUCCUCCAGGUGAAACAACACCUGUAUUCCUUAUGGCCUUCUUUAAGAGAGAGAUCGGGGAUCUGCAGGACCUGGAGACCCUGGACGUGUCGAUGAACCAGCUGAUUUCGCUCCCCGAUCGGCUGCACCGCUGCGCGUCGCUGCAGAAUCUGACAGCCGACCACAACCUGCUGGGACACGUUCCCCGGCAGCUCUGCUGCCUGCACCGCCUCAACCAGCUCUCCAUGGCCGCUAACCGGCUGACCUUUCUCCCGCUCGAUAUGGGCCGAUCACGAGAGCUGCAGUUUGUGUUCGUGGACAACAACGUUGACCUGAAAGGCCUUCCCUCCUACCUGUAUAACAAAGUCAUCGGCUGCAGCGGGUGCGGCAUGUCCACCCACGGGCUGGAGGGCGACCAGAGGGAGGCACUGGGCGAGGCGCUGAGCGAGGUUCUGGUCGGGCUUCCCGUCGAAGUGAAGGUGGUGGGCUGCGAGGCGGACAGCGUGAUCCCCCUGGAGGAGAUCGCCAUGAGAGCUCUGCACCGCAUCUACCGCCAGCCGCCGACAGACCUCAACUCGCUGCCUCCCAUCACCCUCCCCAAGAGCCUGCUGGACCUCCUGCAGUUCCCCCUGGGACACUGCCACCGCUGCAGCCAGACCAUGUUUACCAUCAUCUACCCCAAACUCUUCCCCCUCCGUGACACGGCGCUGGCAGGCGUGCACCGCAGGACAACGGUGAGUUUCGUGGCCUAUUGCUGCUCCAGUCGCUGCCUUCGGACCUUUGACCUCCAGGGAUGACGCUGUUUCCUCUUCCCCGCCGCACACAGGAGCUGCCGAGCGGUUGUUUCCAAAAAAGGUGGCAGGUUGGCGGCUUGUAGUUUGUGCCCAUCUUGGGGGACGGCGAGCUCUGCGCUUCACCGGCGGCGUGAAGGAGAACCAUGGAGAAGUUUGGAGGGUCGCACAACGUUUCAAGGACAAGACUUGAACCUAUACGGGAUUUUCCUGAAUCCAAAUGACUGGAAGGGAAGCAAUUGUCUGUGUGUUCUGGGAGGUCGGAACAAUAACACCGUGUGUGAACAGUAAACUUACAGUAAUAGACCUGAAGUCACUAACAAAAGGGCACUUUGUAAGAACAGGGACCGUUUUGGUUUUGAUGAAAUCUGCUAUUUUUCAGACAGAGGUUUAUUGCAGCAGACUUAUUAUUGCUUGUUGAGUCAUAUUCGAGGUAUUGACACUUCUAGUACAGUUUUUUACUGAUUAUUGAAGAAAAGAAAGGGAGGGGGCAGGCAAUGUGGCUUUAUUUCACAUGCGUCAUUUCCAGGAGCAGGCACAGAGAAAAUAUUUGAAAAAAUUAAUUUAUUCAUAAAAGUCCGUAAAACAAGACAAGUAUUCGUCUCAUAUUCGUUAAACACUGUUUCCAGUGUCGGUCAUAUUGGGCAGGUAUACUUCUUUUUUUUUUUAUGUGACUGCUUUUGGAAAAUGAUUUGCUAUGUUAACAUGCUUUAAAAAAACAAUGUUUUUAUCUUCACAUAAACCUCAAUGUGGUCUAAAAUAAAAGUGGCAUGGAGUCAAAACGGUGGAGCACGUUUCACGUCCGGAGGUCAGAGGUCACGGCGCGGGUCUCGCGUUGAACCGAUGCUCGCGUGUUAAUGUCCAUCACUGUUGUACGAUUCUAAUUCAUCAUUUGUUUUUGAUUCUCUUGCGUUUGGCAGUAAAUGUUGACAACAAC